AUGGUCACGAAUGGCAAUGCAGCACGAGACGGGAAUCAUCAUCACAAUGUUGGCCUUGGAGCAUCUUCCCUAGAGGAAGAAUCGGGUUUAAUGGCAGAUUGUGCCUCUGAGCGCAGUUUUGGAAAUCAAGAUCCAGCCGCGCACCGUAAAGAUGAGGCCCCCCCAUCAGAUCAAGAGAAUAUUCCACAAGAGCCAGGCCUCGGCGGAUUUUAG